CACUGUGGUCAGGGUGGCGGGAGCAGGGUGGUCAGUGCCUCGCAACGUCCAUAGCCAGUCGGUCGCGAUCUCUGCUUCAGGACGCAGUCGAAUAUGGCCCUCGAGGUAGUGGAACGCCUUUUGAGGCUUGCCUGCUCUUGGCCAGAGGGUCGCAACCGCCUUCGCUACUGGAUCGGGGUCUACCUGCUGCCGUACUCGUUCGCCUUCACCAUCGUGCUUCCAGCGGCGUGCUUCGCCGCCGGGAUGCACGCCUCGGCCAUGGACAGGGUGGACCUGCUGACGGACGGCGUGGCCACCAGCCUUUGCUUCGUCAAGUUGCGGUGUCUACAGCGCCAUGCCAGCACCCUGCUGGAAGUGCGACGCCUUCUUCGAGACCACUUCACUCCGCUGGAGGAGACCGUGGUCAUGGAGGCCAGGGAGGCCAACAAGCGGUGUGAGCGGCGUGCGGGCCGCCUUGCUAUCGGCUACGUUGCCCUGUACUCGUCGCUUUCCAUCUGUGGCUCUAUCAUCAUGUUCUUCUCCCUCAUCUCCGGCAAACCCGAGGACCGGAGACUGACUACCAAGGCCCCCCAGGCUUUCCUGCACAAUGACUACCUGUUUUGGCCCGUACUUUGUGGAAUCAGCGUGGAGCUCUACAUUUUCCCAAUUGCCACAGGGACUUUUGAUGCUUUGUUCCUCACGCUAUCCCUGCACCUUGUCUGCAAGUGCAAUAUUCUCUGGGUCCUGCUCCGGCGAGCGCAGGCAACUGACCACGCAAAUGCUCCCAAUCGGAUCAGAGACUGCGUCAUAUAUCAUCAGCUCAUUAUAAGGUUACACAAACUGACGGAAGGUAUCUUCUCCGGAGUAACGUUGUAUCAAAUGAUCUACAUCUUGUUUGGAGUUGGGACGCCUGGGAUUCGUAUUCUAAAUGGGAGUUUGAACGGUGAUACUUCCAAAACACUUUUUGCAAUUUCGUAUGUUUGGUGGAAUAUUUGUCAGCUUCUAACGUUUUGCUGGUUUGGAGAUAAGGUUGCCAAAAUGUCUCUCGACCUGUCCGAUGGAGCGUUCUGGACUUUUGAGCCCUGGCAGCAGAGGAGUGGUCACCAUCUGCACCUUAUGAUGCUCCGGGCGCAGAAACCCCUCUACCUGACGGCCGGAAGGUUUACAAACCUGACCCUGCGACUCUGUUUAGACAUAAUGAAACGGUCGUAUUCUCUAUACUCUGCCAUGAAUCGCAUUAAGACAGCUUAA